AUGGGUGUUCCUUCUGAUACUCAGUCUGAGGCCAUUUCAAUUGUUCACCAGUUCAUUCAAACAAUUGAUAAAUCUUUAGCGCAACAAUUACUCAAGAAGACUAAGUCGAAACCGAUUGCAAAAAAGUUGCCAAGUUUGAUUGAAAUUAUAUUACAUUAUAAAAAUACAAAAAGUAAUACUGUACAAAAGCAAAAAAGCUCUGAUGAAUCUAGUGAUGAAGAAGAUACGUCAAAAAAGCCUGUUGCAGUCAAUGGUAAGGUACCAGCAGUAAAUAUUAAACAAAAGGAGUCCUCGGACUCUGAUAGUUCUGAUGAUGAAAAGCCACCAGCAAAGCAAAAUAAUAAAGCAACAAAACCUCAAUUACCUGCAAAGAAGCCAGAUUCAUCAGAUGAUAGUGACAGCAGUGAAGAUAAUGCCACAACAAAACCUAAAAAACAGCCAGUUAAACCACUACCAACAAACACCCCUAAAGUAGUUAAAAAGCAGUCAUCAUCUGAUGAUAGUAGUGAUGAUGAACCAAAAGUUCCUCAAAAGAAAACCACAAAUCAAACACCUGCAAAAUUAAUCCCACCUGUGAAGCAAGUGACAGCAAAACCUAACCUUACGAAAGAGGAAUCAUCAGACAGUGAUGAUAGUAGUGAAGAUGAAAAGAGUAAAAAACCUGUUGUAAAGCAGCCUGCUAAAGCUGCUCCAGUAAAGAAAAAAGAUUCUUCAGAUGAUAGCGAUGACAGUGAAGAUGACAAACCUAAGAUUAACAUUAAAACACAGCCUGCUAAAGUUAAUAAUGCUAAAGCAGCUCCAGCUAAAAAACAAGAUUCAUCAGACAGUGAUGACAGUGACAGUGAUAAUAAAGCUAACAAAAUUCAAAAACCAAGUCAAAAAACAGCAGCAAAACCACAAGCAACACCAGCUAAGAAACCAGGUAAACUUGAGCCACCUAAAAAGCAAGCACCAUCCUCUGAAGAUAGUGAUGAUGACAGUAGUGACGACAAUACAAAAAAACAUCCCAAAGCAGUCCCUAAACUUCAAGCAACACCUGCCAAAGUAAUAACUAAAAAACAAGAAUCAUCUUCUGAAGAUAGUGACAGUAGUGAUGAUGACACCAAAAAACCUGUGCAGAACCAAAAAAAAACUGUUGCUAAUAAACCUGUUGUUGCUAAAACUACUCCAGCUAAAAAACAAAAGUCUUCUUCAGAGGGCAGUGACAGUAGUGAAGAAGAAAAGACAACCAAACAAAAACUACUACCAAAAGCUCAAACACCUGUUAUUAAGUCUAUGAAAAAAGAGUCUUCUGAUGACAGUGACGAUAGCAGCGAUGAUGAAGCAUCUAAGGUUGGUCCAAAACCAGCAGCAAAACCAGUUGUGAUGGCAUCCAAAGUAUCAGCUCAAAAGUCAUCAUCUGAUGAUGAUAGCAGUGAGGAUGAAGAACCAAAAAAAUCGGCUCCAGUGACAACACCAAAAUCAAAACCUAAACCAGUCAAGAAAGAGUCUUCGAGUGAAGAUAGUAGUGAAGAUGAACCCAAAGCAAAGACACCAAAAAAAUCAGAUACAUCAUCAGAUGACAGUGAUGAUGAUGGUCCACCAAAUAAAAUUGCGAAAAAGGGGAAAGCUGAAAAUGCACAGGAGUCUGAAAAUAAAUUCCAAGCAGGUAAAAAAAGGAAAGCAUCUGGCGGUGAACCUACACCAGCUAAAAAACCCUACAAUAAUUUUGUUAAGGGGCCAAAAGUAGUUUCAACACCCAGUGAAAAGGAUAUUGAACGAAAUACUAAGCCUACCCCAUUCAGACGCGUUAUACCUGAAAAAGUAGAAGUGGACCCUAGACUUAAGGAUAAUUCAUUUGAGGCUAAGAUCGGGGACAAGGAGGAUUUAAUCGUGGCAGAGGAGGAUACAAUGAUAGAGAAGGCCGUGGGGGAUUCAAGGAUAGGGGGGGUAGAGGAGGUUUUAGGGGCCGUGGGGGUUUUAAUGACAGAGGUGGAAGAGGUGGAAGAGGGGGAAGAGGUGGAUUUGGGGAUAGAGGGGGAAGGGGUGGUAGGGGUGGUUUUGGUGAUAGAGGAGGCAGGGGUGGCCGAGGUGGCGACAGAGGUGGAUGGGGUAACCGCGGGGGUCGCGGCGACCGUCAUUCUUGGGGUGGAGACAGAGGAGGGUUUAAUAAGGGAGGGUUUAAUGACAGAAAAAGCUUUGAUGGAGGAGAUAACUCUCAAAACAAAAAAAUUGUAUUCGACUAAG